CAGAUGAAUAUCUGCAGUAAGCCACCUAACAAGACAGCCCCAGAGAAGACUUCCGAAACAACUUUUGAAGUUCACUCCCAGCAUGCCAGGAGAAAUGGCUGGAGUUGGCCCCCCCAUCCCUUCCAAUUCGUUGCCUGGUUACUUUUCUUCUUCUUUGCGUUGGUUGGUUUUGGCAUCCUUGUGCCUCUCCUGCCCAUUCACUGGGUACCUGCUGGGUAUAUUUGUCCCGGCGUCUUCUUUCUCUGCCAUGUAGUAGUUCACCUUACCGCAGUUUCCAUUGAUCCGGCCGAUGACAGUGUGCGAAAGAAGAAUUACCAGGGGCCGCUGUCUGCGUUCAAUCGCAGCCAGCACGCUCAUGUCAUUGAAAAUCGUCACUGUCACAUCUGUGAUGUUGAUGUGAGCUCCAGAUCAAAACAUUGUGGAUCUUGUAACAAAUGCGUAUGUGGCUUUGAUCAUCACUGCAUGUGGCUCAACAACUGUGUGGGAGAGAGAAAUUAUUGGCUGUUUCUGAACAGUGUAAUAUCUGCCAUCCUGGGCCUUCUCCUAAUCCUACUUGUUGCUUUCUAUGUCCUGGUUCAAUUCUUCCUCGAUCCCACGAAGUUACGCACCGGACGUCACUUUGAAGACUUGAAGAACCAAACAGAUGUCUGGUUUGUGUUCCUUCCUGUUGCUCCAGUUAAGACAAAAGCACCUGCAAUCUUGUCUUUGGCUGGUCUUCUGAUAAUUCUGGGGUUACUGACUCUGUUCCUGUUGGGCCACCUGUUAGUCUUCCAUAUUUAUCUGAUGUGGCACCGAAUGACCACCUAUGAGUAUAUUGUCCAGCAGCGUCCCCCACAAGAGGUGAAGGAUCCUGAGAAGCAGCCAGAAUUCUACCCUCCCCCAACAAGGCCCAGUCAGGAUAUGCAAUUUUAUGCAGGGAGUCUUGGAUAUACCAAUCCUGAGAUGCAGGUGGAGAACUCAUCAGGAUUACCACCUGGGAGAGACCUACCUAAGUUUUGUAUCCGCAAUGAUGGCAUGGACAACAAGACCGUACCACCUUCUGAACUUCCUGAUUUGCAGUCUGGAGACCAGCGACAGCUUCAGAAGAAGAAGAAGAGGAAGAAGCGGAAGAAGUUGCAGAAGGUUUCCUCUUCUGGGUUGGAAGAAAACUCCAAGGUGAUUCUCGCCCCGUGGACCUCUCUUCCAGUUUUACAGUCAGAGUCGUCCAUCGCUACCGCCCCCUCUUCAACCUCCUCAACUUCCAGCCUUCGCCUCCUUGCACCGGCUGGCCCUCCUAAAGCAGCCGUACCCACCGGCAGCACCGGUCCAGUCCAAGCCGCAGGCCCCCCGGCUGAUUAUCACUCCGAGUCAGCCGAGUCCAUGGAUGAGAUCCCCGUGGCUCAGACCCGUCUGGGGAGCAGUGCCGCAAGUGGAGCUUCCAAGGGCGCUUCUCGGCGCCUUCCUAUCCCCACCGCCUACACGAAGGGCCCAGGGGAGAAGCCCCGGAACGCCGGGCAUGGCACCAAAGGCAAGAACUCUCAGCCGGCCAGGGCCCGGCACGCCGAAGAGCUGGAACUGUCUCCUAAGAUCCCAGCCGUCUUUGUGAGCAAAAGUAGUGGGGAACCUCCUGUCCCCAAUCUCUGGUCUGGCGAGACCCCGUCUGAACCUUCUCACAGAAAAUGUUCCAGCAAGAGGCACAUCAGUGACCAGAAGUACCACGUUUGGGAGUCAAGCACUAGUUCCACAGCAGCCUAGAGGCCUGGUGACCUGAGAGCUAUAUCAGCCGAGAGAGAAGCCAUAGUGUGUGGCCUGCUCACUCUCCAAAUAUAUUGGUGUUCGUGGAUUUAAUCUCGAGUGAUCUGUCUCGCUCCCUGGAGCAGGCUGGUAUUUGGCUUGUUAUUAAUGCCUUUUCUUCAGGGGCGGGGGAAACGGGGCAAUUCCUUCCCUGUGGCGGUUCGUGAAGAUAAAUGAUUUGCCUCUGGAGGGCAGCCAAAGGAUAGAGUUAGCCCAUCUCCCUAACAGGCUUAUCCAGGGUUCGAAGAUUUCAGGACUUAAGCUUUGGCCGACGCUUAGAUUUGUAACCUGAGCUCUUUUAUAGACCUCAGCAAAGCAAGCCUGCUUCCCUGGGGUUCUUUGGGAGUACCAAAUGUAGCUCUCUUCUCUACCCCCUAAGCAGAGUAGGGGGUUGGAAAGAGUAUGCUUUCCUCUGGGAAACAUUUCCUCUGUGUGCUUGUGUCUGAAAAGAAGACACAAAUGGGGUUUUUUUUCCCCCCAUGUAGCCUUUUCCUUUUCUCUGCUGCUUAUUCUUGCCUUGCAACGCAGCCUCAGGUUUGGAGUUUUCUU